GCAGUGCUGGACUUUUAGCCCAGCUAGCCCUAUACUGCUGGAAACAACUGGGCUGGUGGGGCCGGCUAUCCUAGAGCUCCUAGGCCUACACUGCCGGACACAGCUGGGCAGGUGGGACCAGUCAUCCUAGAGCUCCUAGGCAAUGCUGGACAUUUAGCUCAAUCAGUCUUAUGCUGCCAAACUCUGCUGGACAGGUGGGACUGGCCAUCCUGCUGUUCCUGGACAGUACUGGACAUGUAACCUCAAGCAUUCCUAAUGCUGCUGGACAUUGCUGGACAGAUGGGGCUGGCCAGCCUAGCACUCCUAGAUAGUUGUCUUAUUUGAGUUUCACAAAAAUUCCUAUGCAGUUAUAUUAUCUUCAUUUUGCACAUUAGGAUGCUUGGGCUCAGAGAGUUUGUGGCUUGCCUGUGAUCACACAGCUCAGGUCUUCCUGACUCUUCUCCUUUAAGGCAUGCUACCUCUCUAAAUAUUUGCUGAAUGAAUCAGUGUUACCCCUCUGGGAGGCUGGGAGUCAUUUGCAACUAAGCUAGAAUGCUUCCAUCAGAUUCCUUCUGAUUUGCCCAGCAGCUGUGAAUUAGAAUGAUGUACACUGCCAAGAAGUGUGGGAUUAGAUUCCAGCCUCCAGCCAUUGUCUUGAUCUAUCAAGGGGAAGCCAAGGACAAAAAUCGCCAGCGUAUCAUGCCGAUCCGAAACUUCUCCAAGUUUUCAGACUGCAGUAGAGCUGCUGAACAGCUAAAGCAUAACCCAAGACACAAGGUCUACCUUGAGGGGGUGUCUCUGCAGCAGUUGGAGAAGUUAUUCACUUUUUUAAAAGGUUUUCUAAGGGGGCAAACCUUGGACCAAACUAUGCAACAAAUUCAGCGGGAAACAACCAUUGAUCCCGAGGAAGAUCUGAACAAAUUAGAUGAUAAGGAACUUGCAAAAAGGAAGAGCAUCAUGGACGAACUCUUUAAGAAGAAUCAGAAGAAGAAGGAUGACCCAGAUUUUGUCUAUGACAUUGAAAUAGAAUUCCCACAGGAUGAGCAGCAACAGUCUUGUAGUUGGGAUGCAGAGUCCGAUGAUGAGUUCUAAUACUAAACAGUUUAUUGGAACACCAAAAAAUCUACAUUAACUCAGACAACAUUGUUUAGAUGUUGCAGAAUUUCAGAAGGACACUAAAUGUACAUAUUGUGCCAAAAUAGAAUUGACUGUGUUAUUUUUCAAUCAACAAACAUUUAUUGAGCAUCUAUUAUGUACAACAGUAUUUUCUUAAUCAUUUAACCUGGUAUGGAAGCUUGCCAUUGGUAUAUCUACGGGGUACUGUACAGGUACAAACAAAUGUUCUCUGAUGAUGAGCAGGGGACCCUGGCCUGCCAGGAAAAGGCUAAUACAAGUAGAGAUUCCCCAAUCCUGAAUUCCUAAUGCUACAUAAAGUAGGAGCACAUAAAGCACAGAAUCUACCUGUGCUAAAUGAAUGACCAGAACAGUCUGUCCAAUUCAUAAGUAUGUAUCUUUGUAGAAAAGGUUUUUAUAUAACAGUUGAUCUUAACAUAGAAAUUACUCUCCUUUCUCCAAAAUAUUACUUAGGGAAGAAAAAUUUUUACAUACCAGCUCAAAGUACUUCAUAAAAGAAAAUAAUAGUGAUAGUAAUUCAUUGAAGAAAUAGAAAAAUAAUUGUCAGAACUCCUACUUGUUCAUUCCUAUAGGCAUUUUUUCAGUGACAUCAUGGACAGAAAUUUUUCUUUUAAGAGACUGAAACUUAGUCCUUGCAUAAAAAAAACUGAGUCCUCAAAGAGUUGGCAGAAUUAGGUAGGGAAGCAAAACUAAGAAAUAAAAAACAGAAAAAUAAGAAAAUAAAAAAACUGUGAAAUAAAAAAUCAUUUGAGUACUAACUGAUAAACUAUUUCUCAGAAGCAGAGGGGGUGCAGGGCUUUGAGAGACUUAGCCAUUCCAGGUCUCUUAGCAGAUCUAAGUAACUAGAGGAGAAAACAUCCAAGGUUCACCCUUUCCGUCCUCCCUCCUCUUUAAAAAGCCCUGUGCCUCAACCUGGUCCACACUUGAUGCUGUUUCUCACCAAGCUGAACAUCACUUGUUCUUCUUAUCUUGGGAGGCAGCAUUGUACAGUGGGAAGGAUAUGGGGUCCGAAGUCAGAUGAUCUGCAGAGAGGGGUAACUCAUGGCUCUAGUGCUGCAGGAAGGAAGAAAACAAGCAUUUAUUAAGCUUCAAUAAAGCAUUUCUUAAAAUGCAUAGAAGGACAAAGAGGGUACAUACAUGAUUAGAACAAUUUUGUUACUACUUAGUUAAAUUUAAUAUCUGUCUUUUAGAAGUUUUGUAAAACAAGUUCAGUUUCUUAUACCAAAAAACAAACGUACAGAGAAAAGUAAAAAACCUAUAAAACUUGAAAACGAUAAAAUGGCAGGUAAAUGAACUGAUUAAGCAUACUUUAUGCAAAUAAACAUUAAAUAUUAUUGUGUACAGAGUGUUUGGCACAGUGUCCAUGCCAGGUGCUGGAGAAGAUACAGAGAUUAGAUAAGAUGUGGUACAAAUUAAUAACAGAUCACAGUUAGCCCCAAAAGAUCACCAGAUAAGUGAUAAUGAAAUGCUAAAAAACUAUGUCUUUCCUUAUUUCCACCACAUCAAAAGUCUUCCUCAGAAUUACUCUAAAGUCUUAUAAAUCUUCAUACCUGUUCAGGAACUACCUUUAUCCAUGUCAGACUUUCUCUUAACACUGUGUCUUGAUUAUAUUCAAACAGAUCUGGACUCCCAAUGACUAGGAAUGCCUUCCAACAAUGCAAAUCUCUAUCUGUCCAUGUCUGCUCAUUAUGUGUGAUUUAUCCAUGUUUUCCCAAAAAUUCACCACAGGAGGUGCAACCAGUGUGCUAGAAGUUGCCCUUAUUUCUCAUUAUCAGAAAGCACCAGUGGAUUACCCUAGCUGUCCACCUGUCAUCCAUCCCUCUUGCCAGAAGAUGACCAGUCCAUCUUUUCCUUUCAUACCAUUCCUCAAUGCCAUCCUUCAGACUUCCUUGUUGGUUACAUAUUACAGCCUGCUCCCACCCACCAUGUGCCUCUCAGUUACUCUCUGUACAAUGCCUAUUAAUCCUUCAAAGGCAGUGUAAUUAUAUUGCCAUAUAGCAACAUUAGUAAGAUCGUAGCAGUGAAAAUAUGGGCCUUUGCUUUAAUGAGAAACUUGGAGUCAUUAAAAAAAAAUCCUUGCAAUUUACAGAAGCAAGUCGGCUACUCUCCUUUUAAUUAUAAUAGCUAGCAUUUAUAUACCACU